CAAUAAUGCUACUACAAUUACCAGAUCUAAACAUUACAUAGAAAGCAUAGAUGUUAGUGACGAAAAGGAGGAUAUAAAUGAUAUAAAUAAUGAAGAGGAGGAUAUAAAUGAUAUAAAUGACGAAGAGGAGAAUAUAAAUGAGCAAAGUAUAAGUGAAGAGGAGGAUAUAAAUGAAGAGGAGGAUAUUAACGAAGAGGAGGAUAUUGACGAAGAGGCUAUUAACAAUGAAAAGCCUAAUGAAUCUUAA